CACACAAACACACACAACACCAUCCCAUCAAAAUGACGCCCAAAAAACUGCCCUGUCUGGCGGUUGUGCUCACGGCGCUCGCGGUCCGCGACGAGGGAGUCGCCGGAUUCGUCCCKCAGACCGGCCUCCAUUCGAAGRUCGCCACCGGAAACACGGGGCUGGGCGUCGUCGGCCAGCAGGCCGAGUCCUUCGGACCGGCCGACGUGAUCCGAAAGGUCAAGUCCAGCCUGCCCCAGAUCGACUGGCUGGCCGAGGGAGACGCCCCCGCCGACAACAAGGUCAACAUGCCCGACCACGUCAAGGCCGUCCUGAGCCGCCCCGACGCCCCGGUCCGGGAGGCCGAGAACGAGGAGCGGACCGACCGCAUCCGCAGCCGCUUCGAGGAGGCGGCGAAGGACGCCCAGGCCCUCAAGGGAAUGUGCGUCGGAGAGACCGACACCGGCGCCUGGUGGAGGCAGAAACUCAUCAUUCCCAAGGGGGGCCGGGCCGUCACGAAGGAGGAGCCCCUCCGCGUGCUCGUGGCCGGGGGAGGCCUGGCGGGUCUUGUUGCCGCGGCCGCCUGCCACGCCAAGGGGAUGAAGGUCGCCAUCUUCGAGCAGGCAUCGACCUACGCGCCCUACGGAGGGCCCAUCCAGAUCCAGUCCAACGCCCUAAGGGCCAUCCAGCGGAUCAACCCAAGGUGCUACGAGGAACUCGUCGCCGCCGGGACCGUCACGGCCGACCGGGUCUCCGGCCUGAAAAUCGGGUACAAGAAGGGAAACAAGCUCGCCGGCCUCUACGACGCCGGGGACUGGCUCGUGCGCUUCGACACCCUCGGGCCGGCSCUCGAGGCCGGUCUCCCCGCAACGGUGGUCGUGGACCGCCCCGUCAUCCAGCAGAUCAUGGUCAAGCACGGACUCCCGGAGGGAACCGUUCGCAUCAAGUCCCGCAUCCAGUCCUACGAAGACCUCGGSGAGGGACGGGGGGUCGUCGCCACYCUAGAGGACGGCACCAAGGCCUACGCCGACGUCCUGGUGGGAGCCGACGGGAUCUGGUCCCAGAUCCGCAAGAUCCUCCACGGCCUCGGAGAGGGGGCCGGUGGAUUUGCCGCCUCCGGCGCGGCCGGGGGAGCCCUGGACGACGCCGAGGCCCGCAAGCUGGCCCGGGACACGGUCGCGAUCGCCGCCUCGGCGGACCGAAGGCACUCCGGGUUCACCUGCUACGCGGCCCUCGCGCCGCACCGGGCCUCGAACAUCGAGGACGUCUCGUACCAGAUCCUCCUCGGCGAGAAGAAGUACUUUGUCUCCACCGACGGCGGUGGCGAGCGCCAGCAGUGGUUCGCCCUCAUCCGGGAGCCGGCCGGGGGGGUCGAUCCGGAGCCCACCCCGGAGGACCCCACGCCCAAGCUCACGCGGCUGCGGAAGGAAUUCGCCUCGCUCGGAAGCGGCGGGGACGCCGACGGCAACGAGUGGGACCCCUUCGCGCUGGAACUCAUCAACGCCUCGAGCGAGGACGACAUCAAGCGCCGGGACCUCUACGACGGGGCCCCCCUCCUCACCACGCUGGAUCCGCAGCGGCUCCUCAGCCCCUGGGCGAAGGGGCCCGUAGCGCUCUGCGGGGACGCCUGCCACCCGAUGAUGCCCAACCUCGGGCAGGGCGGGUGCCAGGCCACCGAGGACGGCUUCCGCCUCGGCGAGGAGCUGGGCUCGGUCUCGAACACCAGGGACAUCCCGGGGGCCCUCGGAAAGUACUCCCGCGUAAGGGUGAUCCGAACCGCCAUCAUCCAGGGCUUUGCCCAGCUGGGAAGCGACCUGCUGGUCGACUUUGAUCUCAUGAUGACCAUCCCCAUCCUCGGGCCCUUUUUCCUGCGAAUGACGCAGCUCUCGAUGCCCUGGAUCCUGCGGUUUUUGUACACGGCCGACUUUUAGGUGUCGCGCCGUUGUCCGUAUUAGGUAGUAGCCAGUAAUACUACUAGUAUGAAUGAACCACGAUCUGUUUCUCUUGUAGCCCGUGUGAUAGCGCAACA